UCAGCUUGAGUCUGGGACACCCAAUCCAGGAGCCUCUCUCCUGCUGGCCCGGGAAUAUACAACUCCACUCCGGUUGAAUCCUCUGUUCCCCUUCACGGGACAAUGAACCAGAAGACCACCCUGGUGCUCCUGGCUCUGGCUGUCAUCACCAUCUUUGCCUUGGUUUGUGUCCUGCUUGCAAGUAGGAGUGGAGACAGGGGUGAACCCAGCCAGCAUCCCCACUGCCCCUCUGUAUCCCACAGUGCCCAGCCCCGGCCACACCCUGGCCAGAGCCAGCUGUUUGCAGACCUGAGCCGAGAGGAGCUGACGGCUGUGAUGAGCUUUCUGACCCAGCGGCUGGGGCCAGGCCUGGUGGAUGCAGCCCAGGCCCGCCCCUCGGACAACUGUGUCUUCUCAGUGGAGCUGCAGCUGCCCCCCAAAGCUGCAGCCCUGGCCCACCUGGACAGUGGGGCCCCCCCACCUGCCCGGGAAGCACUAGCCAUCGUCUUCUUUGGUGGACAACCCCAGCCCAACGUGAGUGAGCUGGUGGUGGGGCCAUUGCCUCACCCCUCCUACUUGCGGGAUGUGACUGUGAAGAGACAUGGGGGCCCCCUGCCCUAUCACCGACGCCCUGUGCUGGCCCGAGAAUACCAGGACAUAGACAAGAUGAUCUUCGACAGAGAGCUGCCACAGGCUGCUGGCCUUCUCCACCACUGUUGCUUCUAUAAACGCCAGGAACAGAACCUGGUGACAGUGACUACAGCUCCCCGUGGUCUGCAAUCAGGGGACCGGGCCACCUGGUUUGGCCUCUACUACAACAUCUCAGGGGCUGGGUUUUACCUGCAUCCCACGGGGUUGGAGCUGCUAGUAGACCACAAGGCCCUGGACGCUGCCCACUGGACCAUCCAGAAGGUAUUCUAUCAAGGCCGGUACUAUGAGAGUCUGGCCCAACUGGAGGACCAGUUUGAGGCUGGCCUGGUGAAUGUGGUACUGAUCCCAAAAAAUGGCACAGGUGGGUCCUGGUCCCUGAAGUCCCAGGUGCCUCCAGGUCCGGCUCCUCCUCUGCAGUUCCAUCCCCAGGGCCCCCGCUUCAGCAUCCAGGGGAGUCGAGUGGCCUCCUCAUUGUGGACUUUCUCCUUUGGCCUGGGAGCUUACAGUGGCCUGAGAAUCUUUGAUAUCCGCUUCCAGGGAGAACGCUUGGUUUAUGAGCUCAGCCUUCAAGAGGCCUCAGCCAUCUAUGGUGGAAAUUCCCCAGCAGCAAUGCUGACCCGCUAUUUGGAUGGUAGCUUUGGCAUGGGCAAGUACUCCACGCCCCUGACCCGAGGGGUGGACUGCCCCUACCUUGCCACCUAUGUGGACUGGCACUUCCUUCUGGAAUCCCAGGCUCCCAAAACAAUACGCGAUGCCUUUUGUGUGUUUGAACAGAACCAGGGCCUCCCCUUGAGGCGACACCACUCGACUUUACACUCCCACUCUUUUGGGGGACUUGCAGAGAUGGUGCUGGUCGUCAGAUCUAUGUCCACCUUGCUUAACUAUGACUAUGUGUGGGAUAUGGUCUUCCACCCCAAUGGAGCCAUAGAAGUCAAGUACCAUGCCACAGGCUACAUCAGCACAGCAUUCCUCUUUGGUGCUGCCCAAAGGUAUGGGAACCAAGUUGGGGAGCACACGCUGGGCACAGUCCACACCCACAGUGCCCACUUCAAGGUGGAUCUGGAUAUAUCAGGACUGAAGAACUGGGUCUGGGCUGAGGACAUGGCCAUUGUCCCCAUGUCUGUUCCCUGGCGCCCUGAGCACCAGAUACAGAGACUGAAGGUGACCCGGAAGCUGCUGGAGACGGAGGAACAGGCUGCCUUCCACCUGGGAGGUGCCACCCCUCGCUACCUGUACCUGGCCAGCAACCACAGCAACAAGUGGGGUCACCCACGGGGCUACCGCAUCCAGAGGCUCAGUUUUGAUGGGGACCCGCUGCCCCAGAACAGCUCCCUGGAGAGAGGUUUCAGCUGGGGGAGGUACCAGCUGGCUGUGACCCAGAGGAAAGAGGAAGAACCCACUAGCUCCAGCAUCUACAAUCAAAACGACCCUUGGACCCCCACGGUGGAUUUCACUGCCUUCAUCAACAACGAGACCAUUGCUGGAGAGGACUUGGUGGCCUGGGUGACAGCUGGUUUUCUGCACAUCCCACAUGCCGAGGACAUUCCCAACACGGUGACUGUGGGGAAUGGUGUGGGCUUCUUCCUCCGACCCUACAACUUCUUUGAUGAGGAUCCCUCUUUCUACUCUGCUGACUCCAUCUACUUCCAGGAGGACCAGGAUGCUGGGGCCUGUGAGGUCAACUCCCUGGCUUGCCUGGCCCAGUCUGCUGCCUGUGCCCCUGACCUCCCUGCCUUCACCCAUGGGGGCUUUUCUCACAACUAGGUGGUGCCUGACAUGGGGAAUCUGGCCAGGAGCCCCAGAGCCAGGUGGGGACAGCAGCUGGGCCCUGGGCUGGCAGCCUGGCACCCUCUUCUCCUUCCUCACACCCCAGGGGAGACUCAGCUUUGUGGAUCCCGGCCAUGCUGCAUUCCCAUCCCAAAGAGGAGAGGAAAGGUCCAACCAAGAGCCUGGAGUGGUAGCCCAGCUUUGCCCUAAAUGUUUCCCUUUUUUUGUUUUCUGGCUCUCUGAAAUCUUUUUAGGCCAUCUUGGGACUCUGCAACAGGAUAAUUUCCCAGAGACCCCAAGGCAGGGUUCCUUUCAGGCCUGUACAUCCUCGGUGAGCUGGAAGGGACCCUUCUGCCCACAUUCCCUCUCAUCCAAGUCCUUUCCUUCUUUCCUUCCUUCCUCUUGCCUACCGCCUCCUUCUCCUGUUCUUGCCUCGUCUUAUAUCUUGGGAUUUUCCUCAAAGUCCUGAGGGGAUGUCCCUCCAUCCUAGCUCCUGGACCCUGGUGCCCCCAACCCCCAGCUCUCAUAUCUCAACUUUGGUCUCGUCUCUUGGCCCUGCGCCUGUGGAAGUCUCAAAGAUGUAGGGGGACACCUACCUUGAGAGAACAGUUCCCGCAUGUCCCCUUGUGUCUGUCACGUAUCGAGAGUAGGCGUUGCCCCACGCCUGUCCUGUGGUAGGAUGUGUUUCAGACAGUGCCCUCUGCCCAUUCGUAUCUGCCUGCCUUGCACUCUCUCGAGGAGGAUGGUCAUAGUGACAGCAGCAGCUGAAACUGGCAUUUCUGGGGGCUCUGUGGGUGUAAUGAUCAUGAAGAAUGGUCAUUUUGUGCCAGGACUGUGUGUGACCAGUGGCAGCUGUACUCUGCAACAACCAGUUCGGGAAGCUGGGCACCCAGGGUGAAAAGCAGAAAGCCCCAGCCCUUCAGCCACCAGGCCAGGGGCUGUCCAAUCACAUGCAGACAUGCAAAUGAACCAGGCCUCUGGUGGGGACGGGCGUGGCCUAGGGGGCACCCCUCCAGCUCCUCCCAUCAUUAUUGUCCAUCCUGGAGUCUUGGCUGGGGAUGGAUACAGAGAAAUAGCAAGAGAUUGGAAACAACAGAAAUGUCCUUCCCUAGGGGAUGGGUUUUUUAGCUGUACAGCUAAAAAAUAAUUAUAUGUCUUUAUAUAUUAAAAUGAAAUAAUCUUCAAGUGAAAAAGGCAAGGUGCAGAAAUGUGUAUAGUGCACUUCCCAUUUGUGUUUUAGGAAGGAGAAGAAUAUAAAUACAUAUUUGCUUAUAUAUGCAUAUUCAGAAGAAAUGGGAUUACCUCUGGGGAGGGGAAGCAGGAGGUUGGAGAUCAGGGGAUGGAAGGGACUUAUUCCUGCAUACCCUUUGUGCAGUUUGAAUUUUGAACCAUGUGAUGGUAUUACCUAUUCAAAAUAAAUAAUAUAU